UCCGGUGUAUUUCCAGAACAUUGAAGUUGAAGAGGAGUUAUUUAUGUAAGCAGACCUGCAACUUCACUUGGGUCAUCCGUUCUGCUCCGCAACUAUGGCAUUCACGAGGGUAUACUCGUCAUCCUUCUCCUUCCUGUCCGCCGUAACAAGGUGCAGGCACGACGUGUUCUUGAGCUUCAGAGGCGAAGACACCCGCUACAACAUCACACCGCAGCUACACAGGGCCUUGGUGGAUGCAGGCAUUCCAACCUUCAAAGACGACAUCAACCUCGAGAAAGGGGGAGAGAUCGCGUCGGAGCUUCUAAAAGCGAUCCAAAUGUCGAGGAUUGCCAUCAUUGUCUUCUCGAGAAACUAUGCGAAUUCCGGGUGGUGCCUCGACGAGCUGGUGAAGAUCGUAGAGUGCAAGAACCAAGCUGGCCAGCUGAUUCUGCCUGUCUUUUACGAUGUUGAUCCUCGCGACGUUGAGCAGCAGACGGGGAGUUUCGCAGAAGCGUUUACAACACAUGAAGAGCGUUUCAGGGCCGGGAAUUUGCCCGAAAACAAGCUGGAGAAGUGGAGGGCAGCUCUGACAGAGGCUGCUACUCCUUCUCAGGCAUGGGAUUUGCGGAAUGUUGACAGCUGGCAUCAGUCAAAAUUCAUAAAGGAAAUUGUCAAACAUAUUAUGGGUAGACAUCAAGAUGCGCACAUGAGUGCUUCGAUCUUCCCGCCUAGAAAGGAUUCUGGUAUAGAGUACCUGAAUCUCUUGUUAUCUGUCAUAUCAGAUGAUGUUCUGAUAAUAGGCAUCUAUGGAAUGGACAAAACAUCGAUUGCCAAAACUGUUUAUAAUCAAAAUUUUCGAAGUUUUGAAGGUAGUAGUUUCCUUUCCAAUGUGAGCACAAUUGCAGAAAAACCAGGUGGAUUACUUGCUUUACAAAAACAGUUCCUUUCUGAUAUCCUAAUGGAAGACAAUUUGGACAUAGACAACGUUGAAAGAGGAACCACAAUGAUAAAAAAGGAACUUGGCAGCAAAAGGAUUCUUGCAGUUCUCAAUGAUGUGAAUGAGUUGGAGCAAUUAAAUGCACUUGCUAGACAGCGUGAUUGGUUUGGUUCAGGAAGUAGAAUCAUCAUAACAACGAAAGAUGCUCAAUUGCUUAAUAUACAUGAAGUGGAUGAUGUCUAUGGAGACGAGGGCAUACAGGUCAUAGAGAAUCAGUAUAGGCAGAACCUUCAAACGAUUGAAGAUCUCAGGCAAUUAAUCUGCAGGUCUCAUGCCCAGGCUUACGAAACAGAAAGGUCUCUCAUUGAUGAGAUAGAAAGAGAGCGAAGGAAGAGGACCACUAAUUUACAACAAAGUGUGGAUCAAAGUUUGGCUUCAACUGCACUCACAUCAACAACAAAUGUCAUAAUGCAUGGAAUGGAAGGCCAUGAUGAGAUUGUUGGUGAUUUUGAGUAUGAACAGGAGAUGAUACGUACUGGGAAUGCUUUUGUAGGUGAGGAAGGGGAAAUGAGCAUACCUCUCAUAUUGUACAGCAGAAAUGGACUCGCGGAUCAAGCACCACUACUGCAUAUUGAAUGUCCCAGGACUGUUGGACACUUCCAACAAAGUGGGGAGUAGGAUAAAUGUUUCAUUUUAAUUAAAGAAAACUUCACUUAGAACCAUUGAACUACCACCUGUUUUGAAAAGGACCCUCAAAUUUCAAAAGUUCUCAAUUUCACUCCUUGAACUUUCAAUUUGAUGUAAUGUACCCCUCCAUGUUUAAGCGUUAAACAUACUGUUAGAAUAUA